AUGUCUUUGAGAACUUUGGGCUUGAACUCCACACUCAAUAAGCUCUUUGCAAAGUCGGCCGACAAUGUGAAAACAGUCGAAACCGUGCUUAGCUUCCGCAAACACCAACAGGAAUCUUUAGCUAAGAUCAUCACUCGAUGCGACAAGGAGAUGGGCGGUCUGUCGACCGUCAACUUUGACAUUGACCCUCAAUCCAGUGCUGGCCACUUCCAUGGAUACUUGAAUCUCGACUUGCCAAAGGGUAACCCUGAAAUCACCCGCUCAGGGUAUGCCAUGUUCCGUACUCGCGACCAAAAGGAGUCUUGGUUCUCGGGCGACUCGUACUGGGACUGGUCCCAGUUCAGCUCUUUGGUGUUGCGUGUCAAGGGAGACCGCAGAAAGUACUUGGUUAACAUUCAGGCAAACACUCCUUUGGUGACUGACUUGUUCCAGCACAGACUCUUCUUGCAUCACCCAGGUGAAUGGGAAACCGUGGUGAUUCCUUUAAAUGACUUUGUUAUGACCAAUUGGGGAAUCAUCCAGGAUGGCUCCGAGCUUAACAAAUCUGAGGUCAAGACCGUCGGUGUCGGCUUGUUGGACAAACAGUAUGGACCUUACAGCUUGAAGGUGGAUUGGAUCAAGGUGAUGACCGGCGCCGAGGUGGAAAAAGUUACUGAUAUGUCCCGUGCUGAACGCUUGGCUCUUGACAAGCACAAUAAGGAAGAGAACCGAAAGGACAUGGAAACCAACAUGCCCACCGGUAAUGGCGGCAGUGCUCUCAACACUCACAAGUUCGAUGAGCCAAAGAGUACUGUCAUUUAA